UCUCCAAGGCCAAACAGCAAGAUAUAGCUAGGAACCGACUUCAGGCAGUGUCGAGAAGAGAUCAGAAACAGGUUUGACGAAUACAAGUUUGAUGGAGGACGGACCGAGCCCUCGUAUGAAGUGGGGACCAACGGCUUAGCACGCACACCAUCAAAAGUGGACGGAGGAAAAAGAGGAAGGUAGAGAAGACCCAAUUCAAUUCCAAGUCCAGAACUUCCAAGUUGGUCCAGCUCUAUACCCUCUUAGGGUGUUGCCUCUUUCUCUCUCUCUCUCUUGCUGUUCUUUCGCAUUUUCUUAUUUGUGGCAAUCUAAUCACCCAUUCCCUUCGUUUUUUCCUCCCCUUUGGAGAGCCAGUCCAGAAACGGCUUAGAAUUGAUUAAAUUUCCCUGAAAGGCCACUUCCUCUUGCCAAAACAAGCUUUUCACAUCGACUUAGUUUAUCUGCGCGGGUUUGCUUUGACAUAUCAUAUAUAUAGGCACUGCUAAUCUUUUUGAGUGCAGUGUCCCAGUUGUCUCACUCCUUACGUCUCCUCUGUGUUCGGAACCAGAACCCCACCGUUCCCAUUUUCCCCCAUUAAGUUCUCAGAGAGAGAGAGAGAGAGAGAGAGAGAGGAGAUGGAGAGAGAGACGAUGGCAGGGAGCAGCUUGUAUGUGGAGCAGGAUCCUGAAGCUUUUCACGGCGGUGGUGUUCAGAAGAACCUGGAUGACGAUGGCCGAGUCAAACGAACCGGGACGAUGGUUACGGCGAGCGCGCAUAUAAUAACGGCCGUGAUCGGGUCUGGAGUGCUGUCGUUGGCAUGGGCCAUCGCUCAGCUGGGCUGGGUGGCAGGGCCGGCGGUCCUCAUGGCCUUCUCCUUCGUCACCUACUUCACCUCCACCCUCCUUGCUGACUCGUACCGGUCGCCGGACCCCGUCGCCGGGAAGAGGAACUACACUUACAUGGAUGUGGUGAGAGCCCACUUGGGAGGUAGGAAGGUUCAGCUAUGUGGAUUGGCUCAAUAUGGGAACCUCGUGGGCAUCACAAUUGGCUACACCAUCACCGCAUCUAUCAGCAUGGUGGCGGUGGAGAGGUCGAACUGCUUCCACAGACAUGGGCACGAAGCGAAGUGCCAACCAUCGAACUAUCCGUUCAUGAUCAUAUUCGCGUGCAUCCAAAUCAUCCUCAGCCAAAUCCCAGACUUCGACAAGCUCUCUUGGCUCUCCAUCCUCGCCGCCGUCAUGUCCUUCGCUUACUCCUCCAUCGGCCUCGGACUCUCCAUCGCCAAAGUCGUAGGUGGGGAAGCUCACGCGCGGACGACCUUAAUGGGGACGACAGUGGGGGUGGACGUGUCGGGAUCGGAGAAGGUGUGGAGAGUCUUCCAAGCUGUCGGCGACAUCGCUUUCGCCUACGCUUACUCCACCGUCCUUGUCGAGAUUCAGGACACAUUGAAAUCGAGCCCGCCGGAGAACAAAGUCAUGAAAAGGGCUUCUCUCAUCGGCAUCUCAACCACCACUUCGUUCUAUGUGCUCUGCGGUUGUGUCGGUUAUGCGGCCUUCGGGAACGCUGCACCGGGGAAUUUCCUCACUGGCUUCGGAUUCUACGAGCCGUUCUGGCUCGUCGACUUCGUCAAUGUCUGCAUUGCAGUCCACUUGAUCGGUGCUUACCAGGUAUUUUGUCAGCCCAUCUUCGCAUUCGUCGAGAACUGCUGCUCCAAGCGCUGGCCUAACAACACUCUCAUAACGAGGGAAAUCCCGAUCCACAUCCCCGGCUACGGCGUCUACCACCUCAAUCUCUUCAGGCUCAUGUGGAGGACUGCGUAUGUCGUCGUGACCGCGGUCGUAGCCAUGAUAUUCCCCUUCUUCAACGACUUCCUGGGACUGUUGGGAGCCGCCUCGUUUUGGCCGCUGACCGUCUACUUCCCGGUGGAGAUGUACAUCGCGAGGACGAAGAUGCGCAAGUUCUCCUUCACGUGGACGUGGCUGAAGAUACUGAGCUGGGCUUGCCUGGUCGUGUCGCUCGUCGCGGCCGCCGGUUCGGUCCAGGGACUGAUCCAAGAUCUCAAGACAUACAAGCCCUUCCAGACACAAUAAAUGUAGCACAGAGCCCUAAUGCCCAUUACCCAGUUGGAAGCAAUAUUAUGGUGAAAAGCUCUUCAACUGGGCAAAUGGUUUAAAUGAAUGUUUGCUGCUUCAAGAUAAGUUGUUGAGAAUAAACUUUUU